AGCAGAGGCAGCCAAAUAUUUCUCAAACUAAUUAGCAAUCGUUGGCUAGCCAGCUAGGAGUUGAAAUAAUACACCGAUAAAAAAUAUAUUUCUUUACACUUGAGCUGCUUAGGUUUAUGCUAAGGGUUUGGGUUUCCGUGUAAACAGGAUGUCAACUCCAGCAAGACGACGUUUAAUGAGAGAUUUUAAACGGCUGCAAGAGGAUCCUCCAGCUGGAGUUAGUGGGGCCCCAUCAGAAAACAAUAUCAUGGUAUGGAACGCUGUCAUUUUUGGACCGGAGGGAACACCUUUUGAAGAUGGAACCUUCAAACUUACCAUUGAAUUCACAGAGGAAUAUCCAAAUAAACCUCCAACAGUGCGAUUUGUCUCCAAAAUGUUUCAUCCAAAUGUGUACGCAGAUGGCAGCAUAUGCUUAGAUAUACUUCAGAAUCGUUGGAGUCCAACCUAUGAUGUCUCUUCAAUCUUAACUUCAAUACAGUCUUUACUGGAUGAGCCAAACCCAAACAGUCCAGCUAACAGCCAAGCAGCCCAGCUGUACCAGGAAAACAAGCGGGAGUAUGAGAAGAGGGUUUCUGCUAUUGUUGAACAGAGUUGGCGUGACUGUUGACCCCUGUUAUUGUUCGAGUAUGAACAGUGUCCAGCCCAGAAUCAAGAAACUACAGAUCAAGAAAAUAACUGGUCUCACAGAAAUAAAAUGACACAUCUUAAAAUCCUUCUCAGUAUAUUUGUCCCAUAACUGUUGCUAAGUUUGUAUGCUGUUGUGUUGUGGCAUUCACUCCUGCCGAAUGCUAUUGUUGGGCAAUAGCGUACGUUUGUUAAAAGUUAAUGUACCUUGUUAUAUCUGGGUUACUUGCUACAUGCCCCAACUUUUUUCUUUUUUUUUUAAAGGCAAUAGCCAGUCUCUCAGUUGUCACUUUUCUACCUGUUUAUUUAUACUUGAAGUAAACUGGUUGGAUGAUACAGUGAGAGUUAAUUAGAUGUGUUUGCUGUGUGGUUUUCUGUGUAGAUACAGACAGUUCAUAUCUACAAAAAAAAAAACAAAGCUGUUCGUGUUUUUCCUUCUGUUUCAGUGGCCUCACUCCUUUUUGGUUUUGUUUCUUUCUGCCUUUUGAAAGCCUUUCAGAGGGAUAGAAAAUUAACCUGGCAUGGACAUCCAUCCCUCUAACAAGUUGUCAACUCAACAGAUGCCUUUGGGGGUUAUUAUUCUCUCAAUUGUACUUGUAAAGCCAUGGCUUUUGAUUUUAAAAAUGUUUUAGAUAUUGGUAAAUAUAUUUGUCCCUCUUCAACACAGAAACAAGACAUUUAGUACCCAUUCUGGGCACUUCACUUUGUUUCAUGCACAGAGUUUCAUAAUGCUGACAUUCAAAAGCUGUGUGAGAACAUUUCUAUGCUAUUUUACAAUCUUACAAAUCAGCUGUCAUAAUAGGCUGAUUAUACUGUUUAAACAGGAUGGUGUCGGUUUUCAGAAUAUAAAAGUUUGCACUGGUAACCCAUGUAACAAACUGUACAUUUUCUUGUAAAUAAAAUAAAUAUACAUCA